CGCUCAAACUUUAUAAAGAAAUAAAAUAAUUAUUAAUACAUAAAACCUCUCAGAUGCAUUCAGUACAUUUCCGAUCGUCGGAUUACAAAUGUAGAUCAGUGAUUGAAAAAAAAUAUUUCCAUAAUGAAGACGACAAUAACCUAUCUUUUGUGUGGAUUAUUACUGACGACUGCAUCUAAGUUUUGUGAUCCUAACGGAUCAUGUUAUCAACAAGAGUCAUAUACAGUGUCUGAGAAAUACAAGGCUAGAUGUGGUAAAGUGUGGAAAUGGUGGCGCUGCACUAAAUACAAGGACGUUACUAAAUAUAAACAAGUCUGUUGUGCAAGAUACCAACAGUCCUCGUGCAGAGCUUUAUGCAGUGAUGGACAAUUGACUAACUGGAAUGGUGCAUGCAAUAAAUACUAUUCAAAUGAUAGCGUCACACACAGAGACUUUAAAGUAGAAAGAAACAGUGGUGGUACCUGCAUGAAACCCAACAAGUGUGAUUGUUGCAAUAAAGGAUUUUAUGCAGAUAAUAAUGGUUACUGUAAAAUAUGUCCAUAUAUACCAAAUUGCGCAUAUAGAGAUUGUAAUCCGCUCGAUGGCUCUGAAAAUAAAUGUUUAUAUUGCAACUAUGAGAAUGCACACCAGCGCUACGAAAGAGCAUAUAAAUACAACGCUGCCAGCAAUGCAUGUCAAAAAACUUGUUCCUGGAGAUCUGACAGUACCAGAUGCUUUCCAGGAUAUUGUUCGGACGAGUACUUUUAUACAUGUACUUGCACUGAGGGCUUUGACAGUCCAGAAGAACAUUGUAGUCGAAUAACAACAGAAAUUAACAUAAUAGACGCAGAAGUUCGUUUAAUUGAUAAAUAUGAAACUACAGUUGUCUCUCCAGACAAUGUGACUUCUCCCAGAUUAGUACCAAAGAAAUGGACUAAUAACCAGUUACUUGAUACGCUAAAAUUUUCCCUAGGAGCAAUCUAUAAAAUCACUGCAACUAUACCCAAGUUUGGAAAACAUGUUGAAGUCGGAAAAACCGAAAACCUUUCACAUUUUGUAUCCGACUUUGAUUAUGGUAUUAUAUUUGGAACAAUGAAUGCACUAUUGAUAAGAGAAAAUGAAAACAUGGAAUCAGUUUUUACAAAUAAAAACUGUAACAGUAGCUGUCAUCGAGAUGCACCUUGUCCUGUCAAUUCAUUGUACCGCUGUGAAAGUGGUGAUGUAUCAAUAGCAGAGUUCCAUCCCUUUAAGCAUAAUGACCGGCUCAAUGUAUCUGUUUUACUUGAAAAUGGAGGAUAUUUGGAUUAUGAAAACAGAGAUGAUAGACAAACAUACAAUGUAGUAGAAAAAUGGCCUGAACCAAGCAGAGUUUAUUUGAAAGGAAAACAGACAACAGAAUCCUACAUAUUUCACUGGGACAUAGUGCUUCCUUACUAUGAUUGUUCUAAGUCUCAUUGUCCUACACUGCCUGUUUAUGUACCUGAUACAUCCACUUCUAAUGUUGUCAAUAUCCACUGGAAUAUUUGGUCAGAUGAUCUGUCUGGAAUUGAUUACUUCAAUAUUGAAGUAUAUGAAAUGCAUUCAGUAGGAAAUGGGACGACAGAUAAUGAAAUCGAAGAAAAACAUGAUAUUAUUGUAGAGCAAACUCACAUAAGAGAUCUAUCCAGUACAAUACCGGUAGCUGAAACAGGGAUGUAUGCUGUUCAUCUUUCUGCCUUUGAUAGAGCUGGCAAUUCUAAGACUGCUAGAGCUUUUUUUCUUUAUGACACCAACAAAAUAAUAGAUCUAGACAAGGGUCAGAUUAGAGUUAUAAAGGCAGUGCAGUACUUAGGAAAAGACUGGAUCACUUACUCUAACCCAUUUAUUCAUGUUGAAUGGAAAAAAAAGUUCGUUAAGACGGACCACUUCAAUAAUAGCUGGUUGGCAAAAAUUCAUCCUUAUUAUGAUAUUGAAGCAUCAUAUGAUGACCACAGUGGUAAACGAAAUGUGACAAUGGUUCCAAAUGUCAAAGGCAUUGUAAAAUUUGAAAUUGCUCAUAAUGUUUACGGUACAUCACUGAAGUCAUCAUCUCCUUUAACUCAUGUACCUAGUGUGUAUUCGGAAACAGCUACUCAGAAUGUGGAAUGGGACGAUGGGGAUCAACUUGUUGUUAACGUCAGGGCAUUUGAUUUCUUUGACAAUUAUAGAGAUGAGACUGUGACGGCUUACAAAGACUCAACUUCACCAAUAAUAUCUAACCUAUGGUUGACAAAAGGUGAUCGAGUAAACAUCGCUGUUCAUAGCGUAGAAGAGUUAAAAGAAAUGAUGAUUGAAUGGGAUGCUUACGAUUAUCACAGUGGAAUAAGCCAUUUGAAUUGGCGGUUGUAUGAUAACUUCACUGGUUCGGAUUUUAUUCAUGGAGAAAUUGAUUUACCAGGACAAGGAGAAACACAGACUUUGGCAGAAUGUCAGGAUAAAUUCAAAGAUUAUACCAGAGGACCAGUAUGCUACUGUACUAAAUAUACUGGUUGUUACCAUAAACAUUUUUAUGUAAAGCCACAUAUAGCAGUAGAUGACGGCAAUGGAAUAGUCCAUAACAGAUCCAAUGGUGUACAUGAUUCAGAUUAUUUCAUAGAUGUUAAGGUUACAAACAUGGCAACAUUGACUACACUGAAAACUAUCAAGAUAACAAUAGACAUUACCCCGCCAGUAGCCGGACAUGUGCACGACGGGGUCUACGGCAGUCCAGAUGUGGACUAUCAGCAGGACCUGCGGCUUGAUGUUCACUGGGAAGGAUUUUUUGAUCAUGAGAGUGGUGUGGCAUUUUACCAGUAUGAAUUUUCUGAAGUCUGUCUAUUUGGAAAACACUUUCAAAAUAAAUCAUUGACGGACGACACUUAUGACACAUUCGCCAGUUAUAACGCACCGAAACCUGGAACAUACUAUGUGACAGUGGUGGCAUAUAAUAGAGCCUAUGACAUGUCUAAACCAGUUUGUUCGGAUGGGGUUACCAUAAUAACCAUUGUACCAUCAGUUAAAAAUGUUAUUGUAAUGCAUGCUAGAACGAAACCACGUUUAGUUAGAGACGUUGAUGGCAAUGAAUGGUAUAUAGAUAAAACCCUUCAACGACAUAUCUUGGAAAACAAUACAGACUCAUGCAAGUUUUCAGAUCCGCUGACCGAAGACAUUGAAGUUUUCCCAGUCUCCCAAACCCCAGUGAAUGCUCACAAUGUAUGCGAGAAGACCCGUUCGUAUUCAACCUUGGUUACUCGAGUAAUUCCUAGUAUACACAUGUUAAACAUAACAUGGGCACCAGUUGUUGAUGCUUUGCUUAUAGAUGAUUACGAAGUUGGAGUAUCAUCAGUACUGGGAAGCUCUGCACCAGAUAUAAUGACAUUCCAGUCGUCAAGGCGUCAUACACAUAUUUUGAUAAAUCGCUUUGGUGUUCCCGAGGGAAAGUUGUUCUACAUCAUUAUAAAGUCUAUAAGCAAGUCUAAUGUAAUGGGUUCUCAGAGUGUUGGUCCGUUCAUACAGGACACAACAUCUCCUCAGUUCGUUGGAACAGAUAUUGGUUUGUCUCUCUCUGGAAAUUACCUCGUUGCAAAUUGGUCUGUGGCCAGUUUUGAAGAUAGUGAUAACCCAUUUGCGUUGGACUACGAAUAUGCUAUAGGUCACACACCGUAUUCUACAGACAUACAACAAUAUUCCAUAGUAGAAGAAACUGGGCCAUGCGUCCAUUCAUCAAAAUACAUGUGCACUGCAACUUAUAUAUUGUCUUUAGACUGGAAAUUACAUGGUCAUCAUGAAUAUUACGUGACAGUAAAGGCUACAAAUCUUGCCGGCCAAUACGUCACCAAGUCAUCUGUACCUUAUAUUCAUGAUUUAUUGUUGCCUAUCCGAGGUCUGGUUAUUGAUGUUCCAGGAAAUUCGUCAACUUUUACUCCAGUUAAGGACAUUGUAGACAUUGACUAUACAACCAUUACAGAUCAUCUAGUUGUUCGUUGGACGAAAUUUUAUCAUCCACAUUUGAAUUUAACAUACUAUGCCUGUGCAGGAACCGCUUCAGGCAGAUGUGAUGUUGAUGAAAAGAGGAAAAUAACCGGCAAUAUUAAUAUUUACCUAUUUUCUGGACUCUCUCUGACACCAUUUAAACGAUACUACAGUACGGUUUUUGCUGAAACAUCGACAGGAUCAGUAUUUCUAUCCUCAGAUGGUAUUACUGUUGUAGAUUCCAAUUGGUCAUUGCCAGAUCUGAAACUCAUGGAUGGAGAAAACUGCACAGGCAAGUUUUACCUUUCAUUUUUUAUGCCUUCCGUCCGUCCGUCUCGACCGUCCCGUCUGUCCGGUCUGUCCGUCCCGAACGUCCCCAAAAUUAGUUUCCGUUCUCUAGCUUUAUUUUGCCUCAACCAAAUGUUUAUAAAACUUAUACACAAUACUUAUUACGAUACACGACCAAAUUGUGCUUUAGACAAGGCUUUUCAAGUAUCCACUACUACUUUGAGCACAUAUUUUCAAAUUCCAUUUGAUUAUAUACCAUUUGUAACACAUGCGUUUUGGAGUAUAGAUGAACGGCAUAGAUUUGGUGAUUUUUGGAACACAUUCAAUGAUAUGGACUUCCAAUAUUUUUCCAUUCAACAAAACAAUAAUUUGACCGUAAGAAGUCUUACUCUUGAGCCUGGACGAACGUACCGACUGUCAGUAAAGUUUUGUGCAGGCGAUGUUUGUUUUCCUACUCUAACGACUAGUGGUGUCACAAUCAUACCACAUAAGCCUGUUGCCGGGCCUAUAAUGAUUGAAUACACAUAUCAUAUUAACAAUACAGAUAAGAUAAAAGUUGUGUUUGCAAAUAUGUAUGAUCCCGACAUUUUGGAAGAAGAUGAAGCAAGACGAGUGGUAUCACAUUACGAAUACAGCGUACAGGAUAGUUCAUAUGGAAUAUAUCAUUCUUGGUUGAAAGCAGAUACUAUAACCGCAGUAAACAGCUCUUUUUCACACUUUACAAUCUAUUUAUUGGGUCAAAUGGAUUUUUCAAAAUGUCGUAUUAUUGCCUUACGUGGAUAUAAUAGAGCAGGUGUGUGGCAGACAGCAUUUUCUGAUAUUAAACAAUGCCAAGUACAAGCUGAAAAUCAAAUUAUUGUCCCAAAAAUAGUCGUAGAUGCUACUGGAGAGCAGCAAUUAAAUGGAGAUGAAUCAAUAAGAGAUGGAUAUGGCAAAGAAAUAUAUCUUGAAGAAAAUGACAGAUGGAAUAUUGAAGACGUGGAUUACACUCCGUAUAAAAACAUUUUAAGUGGUGUGUGGCACUCACUUCGACAUAAAGACUUCACUUGGGCAGUGAUAGAAGUAAAAACAUUAGAUGCCGUAACAUACUACAAGGAUUUCAACAGUAUUCAUAUUUCAGAUCCAUGUUCACAUCCUGAUGUUGUUACAUGUGGACAUACUGAGAAUGCUUUUAUAAACGUUUUAUUUAAUGACGACAAUCCUCUAGAACACGGUAAACGUUACACUAUAUGCAUUCACGCUCCAUCAAAACCCAUUCAUCAUGAGAAGUGGACAGAACUACUGGAGGAAAUUAAUGUUUGCAGUGAUGGUAUCACUGUUGAUCUUACAUCUCCUAUAACAGGAAAAGUUUGGAUUGGACCAGUUACAGAAAUUCAGUACAAGUUUCAGACCACAACCUCUGAUAUUUUUGUAAAUUGGGAAUCGUUUUUGGAUGUUGAAGAAUAUGGUACAGCAAGUCACAGUACUGGAAUACGCCAAUACCAAGUUGCUAUUGGAUCUGUGGAAGGCGGGUCAGAUAUAGUUGAAUUCACAAAUGUUGGUAUUGUGAACCAUGUAACAUUUCACAAUCUUAACUUACAGAACGGACAUGAUUAUUUUGCAUCUGUUAAAGGAAUUGAUUUUUCUGGAAGAAGUUCUACAGCACACUCUGCUUCCGUAAGAGUAGAUACCACUCCACCACAUCUUACAUCAAGACCUAUUCUAAUUGAUGGCAGACAUAUUAGAAAUUUUAGUGAAAUUAACGCAUGCUGGAAAGAUGUGUUUUACGACUUAGAAAGUGGAAUUAGACAAUAUCUAUUAGAAGUAGGCUCCAAACCAAACUUUGGAGAUAUUGUACAAACAAUUGAGACAACUGAAGACUGUGGAGUUUCUAUUCAGUAUUUGGAUAUUAAAGCACACCAAGGACAUCCAUACUUUAUUACAGUUAAGGCAGUCAAUAAAGCAAAUUUAGUAACAAGUGCAUCCUCAUGGGGUUACAUUUAUGAUAAAACUCCACCAGAAGUUGGACAAGUGUUUGAUGGAUUUUUGCAUGAUAUUAGGCUUACAAAGAAGGAUAUAGACUUUCAAACCAACUCAGCAAAGCUUGGUGCUCAUUGGGAAAAAUUCUAUGACCCACAUACAACAAUAAAGACUUACAAAAUCGCUAUUGGAACUUGUGCUGGGUGUGAUGAUGUGUUACAAACACAUGAUAUUGGAUUGAUACAUGAGUUUGUUUUGAAAGGAAUAAAUAUUGCUGUCGGUAGGCGAUAUUACACUACAGUCACUGCAUGUAAUACAGCUGACCUUUGUUCUUCGGUUACUUCUGAUGGAGUCAUUAUUGACAACAGUCCUCCAAAUAUAGGAAAAAUAAAGGAUGGAGCAGAUUAUAUCGACAUAAAUUAUCAACCUUCAAGAUCAUAUGUGGCUGCAACUUGGCAUGGUUUUAACGAUCCGCAAUCGGGUUUAGAUAAAUACUCCAUUAGAGUGGGAACAUCAAUUGGAGGAAACGAUAUUAUAUCACAGACUGAAUUGCCGUUGACGGAUAUAGUUGUGUUUCCAAAUAUAACUGAUCCAAUUCCAACUAACACCAGAAUCUACGUCACUGUUCAUGCAUACAACAAAGCAGGUCUUUACUCUGAAGCAACAUCAAAUGGUUUCUUGGUUGAUGAUUCCUCUCCAAUUUUCAGUAGCAAGCCUAAAUUGUUUCAGCAGCUUGGAUCAAGAAGGGAAAACUCAAUUAUUUAUAGGAGUUGCAUGAAAGUCUCGUGGGAAGUUAGUGACAAGGAGUCCUUCAUUGAGAGACAGUAUAUAUCAGUAAAUUCACACAAGGGUGGUGAAAUUAAUUCAACUUCUACAGAGCUUAAUGGAAUUGUACGUGAUUUUACUUAUACAAGACUGAAUCUACACGAUGGGGGUGAAUACUUUGUUACUGUUAUUGCAUGUAACGGAGCGAAAGUCUGUGUAACAGAGACAUCUGGUGGAAUUUUCGUCGACAAUUCACCUCCAAUUACAGGAACGUUUGCUAUUGAAACGGACCAUGCUGCUAAAUUGAAUCGCCAUGUUGAUGGUUGGUGGAUGAAAUGGUCAACAUUCAAAUUAUGGUUGUCAUGGAUAGGUUUUUCUGAUCUUCAUUCUGGUAUAGACUACUAUAUGGUAUCAGUUGGUAGUAGAUAUAUGCUUGAUGAUCUUAAUAGUGAUAAUAAACCAGAGAUAUUUCAACACGAUGGUGAUGGUAUAGACAAGGGAGACGAGGGUAAAGUGCAGACUUUUGAAGUAGAUACAACAAAAUUAACUGACUAUGAUUAUGUGUUUAUCAGUGUUUGGGCAUUUAAUAAAGUUGGACUUCAAAGUGACAUGAUUCAUAACCAAUUCCGUUUGAUUCCUGGUGGUUCACUUGAGUUGAUAAGACGAUGUUCUUCUAAUACAUGCCUAGGACACUGUGUAUGUGCACCAAAAGAUCAAAGAUGUCCAAUUGAAGAAUCGCCUUGUGUAGACAGUACACAUAAUAACACAAACACCUUAAUUGCUAUAUAUGAUCUGACUGAUUUACGACAAGGAGAAUUAGAGGAUGUUAACUUCACGCCAUCACAUGACGCACUAGCAGCUAGAUGGAGAAUAGUUCAAAUUCAGGGUUUAUUACCACAAUGGUAUGAAUGGAGCGUAGGAGUAACAGACUCUAAUGAACCAGAAGGGAUAAUUGACGGCUCUGUGGAGAAUAUUUGGCAUCCUUGUGGUCAGAUAGAUUAUGUUAUCUACACUUUGCCUAGAGGAAAAGUUCUAAAUGACUUUCAGAGAUACUCAUUCUAUGUAAGAGCAUGGUAUGACAGCAACACUUUUGCUGACUUUAAAUCUGAUGGUGUUACAGUUAUGUCAAAACCGUUGACGACAACGAGCUUUGUUGGUGCAGGGGUAAUGGAACAUUUACCUGGCCACUGGAAGAAAGAUGUUGAUUAUAUGCUACGAGGCGGGCUAUUUUCUGUUUCAUGGCAUGAAGCAUUUAUAAAGGCUAGCACUGUUAUAGAGAAAUUUCAUGUUUAUUUGAGUACCUACCCGGGAGGUCAUGACAUACACAAAGUUGAAAUAGACAUUCCAGGAUCAGUAUCAACGGUUAAUAUUAGCCGAGUCCCCCUAUUACCCGGUGUUUGGUAUUAUUCUAAUGUAGUUGGUUACAGUUAUGCUGGACAGCACGUGACACUGUCAUCAGAUGGGUUUACUGUAGAUAUAGAUAAACCUUUAAUGGGAGUUGUGCAUGACGGCAUCGGACAUAGGGAAAUUGAUUUUCAAAACAGUUCACAGGUUGUUGGUGCAUCCUGGAGUGGUUUUGUAGAUCACGACUCUGGUAUUCAGAAGUAUUACUGGUGCGUUCAAUUUGAAAUUACAAAAACGGAAUGUGAUGUGCUACCUUUUCAAAAUGUUGGUAUUCAAAGAUCAGUAUCCAAAUCUAUCAACUCGUCUAUGAUACACUCAGGGGCUAAGGUAGUCAGUAAAGUAUAUGCAGUUGAUUUUGUUGGCCAUUUAUCGGACAUUGCAACAUCGGACGGUAUUACAAUUGAUGAAACCCCACCAAAACCGAUAAAGCUGAUUUUCACUGAAAACAGUAUGAUAAAGAACCCAUCAUUUGAAGACGGGGACAAUGAUUUUGUAGACAUUUCAAACAUUACUACAGCUUAUAUUUGUGGAUAUACAAAACCAUAUUACUGGAAUUCUUCCGAUAAGGAUUGUAUUUGCGUCAUGGGUUCUUCAAAAUCUAUUGCUAUGGAUGGUCGAUCAUUUUUAUUUCUCAGGGGAAGUGUAUUGCAGACAUUAUAUAACUUAGAAACAGGCAAAUCUUAUAGUAUCAAAUUCUUUAUUGCUCAUGUCCCCUUUGAAGAUUCAGUGCUUUCUACAAAAGAAGGUUAUAUUGAAUUUGGAAGUGAAAGACAUGUGUUUCUUGUGUACAAAAAACAAGACAAACAUGGUUCUGACAUUGAAAUAUCCUGGCAUUCUCAUACAUUUUUCUUUACCGCAAAGAAUACAAAUGUUAAUAUUUCAUUUGGAAGCAUGGACGACACAACAGGCAUUUUACUCGAUAACAUUCAAAUUUCUAAGGCUGAAGUAUUUGAUGUUGAUACGGACUCUUAUCCAGUUUUAUCUCACGCAACUUGGCUACACGAAUGGUCAUCAAUACACGCCUCAUGGCAAUUUGUUGAUGAGGAAAGUCCUAUUGUAGAAUAUCUCUGGGCUAUUGGUUACAAAGAAGGAAGCACAGAAAUACAGAGAUAUAAAAGUGUUGGACUAAACACAUUCGCUUACAAUUAUAAUAUUACAUUAGCACAUACGUCUACAAUUCACAUAACAGUUGUUUCCAUCAAUGGUGCUGGGUUGUCUUCAGUAGCCACAGCAGAAGCCCUUUAUAUUGACCUGACACCUCCUGAUAUAGAAUUCAUUUAUGAUGGAAUUGGAUAUGAUAUAGACAGUCAAACAACGGAUGAAAUCAUUGCUAACUGGAGGGUAGAAGAUCUAGAGUCAGGAUUAUCGCACUGUGAAUGGGCAAUUGGUUUUAGUGAAUUUGGUAAUGAGAUCCAACCGUUUGUCCGAAUAUCGGCUGAACUGUCAUCUGUAUCUAAAGUAUUUGACCAUAGUAUGUUGUCAUUAAAGACAGUUCAUGUAACACUACGGUGUCACAAUAAGGCCGGUUUACACAGCAAAAAAUCAUCCGACGGAGUAACAAUAUCAGACAGUCCUCCAUCUAUACAGAAUGCUCAGGUUCAAAUUCUGGACCAACCAAUUACGGAAUACAAAAGUAAACCAAACUUCCAUGGAAACACCUCUACUGUGCGGUUGAAGUUGAUGGGUUUUGAGGAUAAGUCAGGCUUAGAUUCAUUUCUUGUUGAAUUUGAAAACCAAGACAAGACGGUUUCUUUAUCAAAGACAAUCCUUUAUGACCACGAUGGUGUAAUGUACUGUAGUAUGACUGGUUUAGAACUGCACGAUGGUCAGUAUGUAGCCAGAGUAUCAGCAAUAAAUACUGCAUUCCUAUCCAGUCAACCUGUAUCAACAAAUAUUUCUGUGUCAACAAUAGUUCCGAAAGUAUCAGAAACAAAGUCCAUCACAAUGUCUAAAAAGAACAGAACUUUAACCAUAAGCUGGGAUACGUAUUUUACCUCUGCAUUUACCUUGUACUAUGAAGUGUCUGUAGGGACAGCUUUAAAUGGAGCCGAUAUUGUUCAGUGGCAGGAGACGACAAACGAAUUUCUUGUGAUGCAUAUCCCACUUCGGGUUAAAUUCUACAGUGGAAUGAAUAUCUAUAUUACAAUAACAGCUUUUGGAUUACAUGGGCAACAUACGACACAAAAUGUUGCUCUGACUAUGUAAUAAAGUGAUUUGUUCUAUCUAAAGUGCGUUGGCACACAAUUGCAGAAAAUCUUGUAGAUAGUCGUUUGCAAAAAGCAUCUUCCCUAAUAGUUUUGUGUGUUGCAAUGGUAUUUUCUAUAACAUAUAUUUAUUAUUUAGCUUAUGUUAUUAUUCAUUCCUUGUUCAUACAAAAGAAUCUUACAUUGACAGAUCUGCUUUCACUCUACUCCUAACUUAAAUAAGACUGAAAUAUUUAUAUAUCAUACAAAUGCACCCCUCCGACUUGUAAUGCGCCGUUUUUUUGUUUGUUUUGUUAGAUCAUUCAAAAUAGGACUUAAAUCCAAAAAAAAACAGUUACUUUUAUCUUCGUACAGUGUAUUUAUUGUAUUACCUACAUUCUCACAUCUAAAUAAAUCCCAAUGUUAAAACUCCUCA